AAAAUAGUUUUUGUAUUUAGUUUAAAUUUCAUUAAACUAUGAGCGAUCUACUUUCAAUUUAAAUCUAUAACUUCUAUAAUAAAAAAAAACUCUUUUUUUUUCACACGUCGUUACUAUUCAGAAUAUUGAUACUGAACCAUGAGCAUAAGCAAAGUAACCAUGGAUGCAGUAAAAUUAGCGAAACGUACUCUUCGUAAUGAGUUGCAAGAGUUAAUUAAUAAAAUUAGUAAUGAAGAAAAAAUACGACAAUCUAAUGCCGUUUAUAAGAAGUUAAUUAAUACUCCGGAAUUUAAAGUAAGUGAAAAAAUAUCAGUCUACUUAAGUACUGAAAAUGAAAUAAACACAGUACCAAUUUUGGAGUAUUUAUUUAAAAACAAUAAGCAAGUUUUCGUACCUAAAUAUCAAGGCAAAAAUAUGAUGAUGGUAAAAUUAUAUUCAAUGGAUGAUUACCAUAAAUUACCUCUUACUAAAUGGAAUAUCAAACAACCCGCUAAUGAUGACAAUACACGAGAAGACUGUUUUGAAACAGGUGGACUAGAUUUAAUAAUUUUACCUGGUGUUGCAUUCACAAAUACGGGAAAGAGAUUAGGCCACGGGAUGGGAUAUUAUGAUAAAUUCAUCGAGAGCUGCAUUAAAUCACAACAAAAGAAACCAUUUUUAGUUGCGGUGGCUUUUAAUGAACAAAUUAAAACAGACAUUCCUACUACUGAUAAAGAUAUGAAUCUCGAUAUGGUGAUAACAGAAAAGUCAACAUGAAAAUUUUUCAAACAUUAACCCGGGAAAAAUAAGUUAUUGAAAAAAGGCUGACUACUUUAAACUUCAAAACGUGACACGAGGAACUUUUUUUUUUUUUUUAAGUUAACGGAAAAUUUAAUAUUUUGAAUUUUUUUUCUACAAAUCAAUUACAAAAAAAAAAAAAAAAAAAAAAAAAAAAAAAAAAAAUAUGCCCGUGUAAAAAAAUAAUAAAACUAUAGGUGCAAUUUUUCGAAAUAUUUUUAUUUUCAAUUUACGGUUUUGAAAAAAAAAGUCAAAAAAUUAUUAGACGUCUGCUAACCAGUAUCAUAACUUCAUACUAUUAAAAAUGAUACUGAAAGUCGCAGAAAAAAAACAUUUUUUUUUUUUAAAUUAACACCUAAAAUACUUGUAGAAAAAAUUUCUGUGCAUAUCCGAAAAAUUUUAUUUUACGUAUAAGUUAUUUAUAAAAGAAAAAAAAUUUUCUGAUGUCUGCUACUUUCACUAUCAUUAUCAAAAUAUGUUCAAUAAAAAAAAAAAAGAUUCGGAAAUAGUUAAAAAAACAGUUUUUUCUGAGGGUAUUUACUGAAAAAAACUAUGAAACCUGGAAAUUUGAAUGGAUAGUUAAAAAAAGUUUAAAAAAGAAUCUAAAGACGUUCAUUUAUCGGAAUCCAUGACAACAGAUCCUCGAUGAUCCCACAGAUUAGAUUCAAGUGACAAUUGAUCUUUUAAUUCAUCAGUUUCGUCAAGAUUUUCAUAACUUUCAUUAUCAUCUUCAAAACCUUUGUCUUCAUUAUUUUCAACCGAAUGUCGAUGGGAUCAAUUUGUAGGAAUCACUUGUGGUAUAAAAUUUUUUGAAUCAGUUGACGGCACACCCAUUUAUCGUAAUAAAUCAAUUAUUAUUUUUUUUGUAUUUUCCGAAAUUCAAAGAUCGUUUAAAAAAAGUUCGUUAAUGUGUCACGUUUUGGUUUAUAAUUUUCAAUGCUUUAUAUUAAUAAUAAUAUAAAUUAAUAAAACUUACCGCUGAUGGAUUUUUCUUCAAUAUCAACAUACGUUACUUCAAAUAAUUGUUCCGAUGCUAUUUCUUGUAAAAAUUGUACCAAGUUAAUCACACCAUCAUUCAAACAUGUAUUCUGAAAAUAAAAAAAAAUAA